CACCCCCCUUCUCCCGGAGGCGCGCCAGAGUACGCUGGGCAGUUCGCAGCCAGUCGGCGUUUCCGCCAGAGGACGGCGGCUCUCGUUAGGACCUGGACUCGCGCUCCCUCCCCUGCUCCUCCAUGGCGCUCCUCGAGCGGCUCGUUCUCGUACUUUCGCCGCUGCUUCUGCUUGUUCUCUACGCCCCGCCAUCCCGCUGCUACUUCCCAGAAGAGCGCUGGAGCCCCGAGUCGCCGCUGCUCGCUCCGCGGGUCGUCAUCGCCCUCCUCUGCCGCAACUCUGCUCACUCGCUGCCCCACGUCCUGGGCGCCCUCGACCGACUCGACUACCCCAAGGAGCGCACCGCCCUGUGGGUGGCCACCGACCACAAUGUGGACAACACCACAGCUCUGCUGCGCGAGUGGCUCAUCAACGUGCAGAAGUUCUACCAUUACGUGGAGUGGAGGCCUCAGGAGGAGCCCAGAGGAUUCGAUGAUGAGGUGGGCCCCAAGCACUGGACCGCCGAGCGGUAUGAGCAUGUGAUGAAGGUGCGCCAGGCUGCCUUGACUGCUGCCAGGGAGAUGUGGGCAGACUACAUUCUGUACGUGGACUGUGACAACCUGCUGACGGACCCCGAGGUCCUGUGGAAGCUCAUGGCCGAGGACAAGACCAUCGUGGCCCCCAUGCUGGAGUCUCGAGCUGCCUAUUCCAAUUUUUGGUGUGGCAUGACCGCUCAGGGUUAUUACAAGCGAACGCCAGCCUACAUGCCAAUGAGAAAGCACGAACGUCAGGGUUGCUUUGCAGUUCCCAUGGUGCACUCCACCUUCCUGAUCGACCUGAGAAAGGAAGCGUCCCAGGAUCUCGCCUUCUACCCGCCACACCCAGACUACACCUGGUCCUUUGAUGACAUCAUCGUCUUCGCCUUCUCUGCCCGCAUGGCCGAUGUGCAGAUGUUCCUGUGUAACAAGGAGACCUACGGCUUCUUCCCAGUGCCCCUGCGCUCUCACAGCAGCCUGCUGGACGAGACCGAAAGCUUCCUGCACACGGUGCUCGAGGUCAUGGUGAAUCAGCCACCUCCGGAGCCCUCCAGCUUUGUCUCGGUUGCCCAGAAGCAUCCUGAUAAGAUGGCCUUCGAUGAGGUGUUCAUGAUUAACCUGAAGCGGCGCACGGACCGCCGGGAGCGAAUGCUGCGCACGCUCUACGAACAGGAGAUCGCUUGCAAAGUUGUGGACGCCGUGGACGGGAAGGCUCUGAAUGCCAGUCAGAUUGACGCCAUGGGUAUUCACAUGCUGCCCGGCUACCAGGACCCCUACCACGGGCGCCCACUGACCAGGGGAGAGCUGGGCUGCUUCCUGUCCCACUACAACAUCUGGAAGGAGGUUGUGGACCGGGGCCUGGAGACGUCCUUGGUGUGCGAGGACGACCUGCGCUUUGAGGUCUUCUUCAAGAGGCGCCUGCAGAACCUCAUGUACGAGGUGCAGACCGAGGGGCUCGACUGGGACCUCAUAUACAUCGGCCGCAAGAGGAUGCAAGUGGACCACCCAGAGAAGGCGGUGCCCAACGUCCAUAACCUGGUGGAGGCCGACUACUCGUACUGGACCUUGGCAUAUGCCAUAUCUCUGCAGGGGGCACAGAAGCUGCUGAAGGCGGAGCCUCUUGGCAAAAUCCUGCCCGUGGACGAGUUCCUGCCAGUCAUGUACAACAAGCACCCGGUGUCCGACUACAUGGAGCAGUUUGAGACGCGGAACCUGCGGGCGUUUUCGGCCGAGCCCCUCCUGGUCUUCCCGACGCACUACACGGGGGACCGCGGCUACAUCAGCGACACGGAGACCUCCACCGUGUGGGACAACGAGGGGCUGCAGACGGACUGGGACCGCGCCAAGUCGCGCAAGACUCAGGAGCAGGCGGAGCUGAGCAGCGAGGCCCAGAACUCGGACGUCCGGCAGUCGCCGCUGGACAGCACGGCACGUGACGAGUUGUGACCCGGGGGGACACACACAAGGGCUGCAGUUGCGGGGGUGGGCUGGACGGCAAAUGGACACCACCCCCACCCCCCCCCCGCUAGAGUGUAUUUAUUUGGGGGGGGCCUUUCUCGUUGUUUCCACGCAGGCCCACCCUCAGCGAAUGUCGCACCAUCGUGGAGGCUCAUGGGAGAAGCGGCCAGCAUUUGGUCCUCGGGGGGGUUUGAGAUGCUGGACCCCCCAAGGCGGCGCUCCUUCGACCUCCAGCUGAUGGUUUCCCGUUUUCUUGUACAUAAUGGGAUUCUUUUGUGAAUGUUUGUUUGUUUUUACCUGGGGGGUCCACCUGUCGCCCCUCACACCAAUCUAGAAGAUGAGCUCUUCACAAGUUGGGCAGUGCCUUGCCAUGGCCCCCCGCUCACGUGUGCUGUAUGACGGGUGCCCACUUGCUUGUGCCCUUCCUGGAGCCCAGCCCUACCUUCCACGGCGUGCCCAGUUUGAGGGGCUCUCAGAGGCCUUGCCCCCUUCCUGGGUGAAGUGCUGCCCUCCAAACCAGCUGGCAGAACGUUGUGUGGCUGGACCUUGGCCUCCCCCUUGUUGAUCACGCCGGCAGACCCCUCAAACCAAAGUGCUGUGUGGGCAGAUGUCACUGAAGCCCCCCACCUCUGCCCUGCAGUGCCAUCUUGUUUUGGUGUGUGGCAGGGGGGCCGUUUGGACUCUCAGGUCUUUUAUUUCACAUUCUGAGGUGUAAAUGAAAAUUAAAAAGGUACAUGAGG